GUCAACUCUUUUUCCGAUUCCUUCCCUAUCAUUAGGGUUUACGGCCAAAUCCAAGUUCUUGCACAGAUUCCAGUACCUUCCGAAAUUUAAUUCAUUUCUUUGUGGGCUAGCAGCGACGGCUUGGUAGCAGUGGUGGAGCUUAUCCGAUUUCUGCACCUCUCCAAUCGAGUCGCAAUGAAUAAUCAAGGCUUGAAUGGUAUCCAAGCCGAUCUGGAUCAGUUAGACCUAAAUGAUGAGGAGACUGGGAUCUCGUUCGGAUCGGAUGGGUCUCUAGUUCUGCAGGAGGUUCAAGACGAAUCAUUUACCUUGGUUGGAAGACUUUUGACGGAUAAACCAUACAAAUUUGAAGUGUUCAAACAGGUGAUGGCAUCUGUCUGGAGGCCGGCGUUGGGAAUGCAGAUUAAUCAGGGGGAGGAUGGCUUGAUUUGGUUCCGUUUCUUUCAUAGAAAAGACGUUGAGCGUAUUUUGUCUGAAGGACCGUGGGCCUUUGAUAAUGCAACGCUUCUUUGUUGUGCCCCUACUUCAGGCGAUGAGGUAAGGGCUUCGCACCUAAAUUGGCUGGAAGUAUGGGUUCAGGCACACGGUUUACCUUAUGGCUACAUGAGCAAUGCGGUACUAGAGGCGAUUGGUAACUUUUUAGGGGUCUUUGUGAAAUUGGAUGAGAAGAACGCUACUCACAUCCCGCAGAGCUUCCGAAGAAUCCGGGUGAGAAUUGAUGUGCGUCGCCCAUUGAAGAGGAAAAUGAAGUUGACUAAAAAGGAUAACACAGUCUCGUGGGUCCAAUUCAAGUAUGAAAGACUUGGAAAUUUUUGCUAUUUUUGUGGUAUCCUGGGGCAUCUGCAUAAGCAUUGUGCAGCGGCAGUAAAGUCGGACAUUCCAUUUGAGCUUUGGCCUUACAGUGAUGAACUUAGAGCUGGGCGUAAAAAAGUUGCUGAGAUAGGUGCACGGUGGUUGCGUGAUGACAAGGAAAGCUGGGGGGACCGAGCGGGGCAGAUUUCCUCGAGCGGCACUACCAUACAAAAUGGUGAAGAAAUUCAAGGCUUAACAGCCAGGCGGAAGAGAAGGGCUAACCAAGAAAUGAUCGUGGAGGUGAACGCUUCAGUGUCGGAGAAUACACAUAUGUUACCAACAGCGGGUCCUGGGUCCCAGGCCUGCCGAGACCAAUGAGUCUCCUAAGUUGGAACUGUCGCGGGUUGGGCAACCGCCGGACAGUGCAGGAACUGGUAGAUUUGGUAUCUACUUAAAGGCCCCACUUGGUCUUUCUCAUGGAGACUAAGUGUGCUAGGAAGAGAGUAGAGGAUGUCAAAACUAAAUUGGGAUUUGACUCUUUGUUUACAGUUGAUAGUUCUGGAAGAAGUGGCGGACUUGCUCUUUUCUGGAACAGAAAGAGCAAGGUAAGCUUGAUAUCGUACUCAAGGAAUCACAUCGAUGUCAACGUGCUGAACGAAGGGAAUAGGCCAUGGAGAUUUACCGGAUUUUAUGGUCAUCCCAAAUGGAGCCAACGGUUAGAUUCUUGGAACUUACUUAAGAGUUUGAAAAGAGGGUCCACCCUUCCAUGGAUGGUCAUGGGUGAUUUUAACGACAUAUGUGCUGCGAUGGAAAAGAAGGGAGGUAAUCCUAGACCUUCCUACUUUAUUGACGGUUUUAACGAAGCUUUAUCUUUUUGUGAGUUGAUGGAUCUUGGUAUGAGCGGCUAUCCCUUUACUUGGGAAUGGAGGAAAAAUACCCCAGAGUGGGUGGAGGAACGUCUUGAUAGAGCCGUUGCAAUAGAUGGAUGGAGAACGCUUUUUCCUAGCUUCUAUUUAUAUAAUAUUAUGACUACGUGGUCGGAUCAUUCGGCCCUUCUCCUCUCGUUCAACGGUGUCAUUGAGAGCACUAGGGCCAGUAGCUUCAGAUUUGAGAAUUGCUGGCUCAAAGAUGAAGGUUUCAAACAGGCGUUUGAGGAUGCCUGGAGCAGAUGGGCAGGGUCGCCUUUUCUUGACCGACUCAAUCAUUGCGGACAGGAGCUGAAACGUUGGGGAGGUGACAGAUUCCACAAGUUUGGGAAGAAGAUUGAUUCCUGUAAGAGGAAACUUGAGGCUAUGCGCGGUUGUAGAGACCCAGUUUCAAUUGUUUUGAGAAAGCAAGUUGAAAAAACCUUGUGUGAGACGUUGGAACAGGAGGACUGCUAUUGGAAACAACGGGCUAAACAGUUUUGGGUCUCCUGUGGUGAUCGAAACACGAAGUUUUUUCACAAUUAUGCUUCACAUCGGAAGAGGAAGAACCGCAUAUUACGACUUCGUGACGGUAUGGGAGGUUGGUGUGAAGGGAGGAGGCUGCUGCCCUUUGUUUAUAAUUACUUUGCGGUUUUUUUCAGGGAUAAUAAUAGGAGGAGAUGACACGACGCUAUGGACAUGUGGUGUGCAGAGGUGGACCAUGCACGUGUUCGGGAGGAUCAAAAUGCUGAGCUCCAACGCCCA